UGGGGUCUUGGGGUUAAUUAGGCAAAACCUUCCACCACAACAACAGCCUUCUUCGGACACAACUCGAGAAAUUCACACCCUGAUCCUCUUACCUGCAGUUUGUCGGAUUUGCCAACCAUGGACACCUCUAACAACAAAGUCAUCACGUUUUACGACAUCAUCCUCGAUCCGACGGCCUACCCUAUCUCACCAAACCCGUGGAAGACGCGCUACGCGCUCAACUUUGCCAAGGUGCCCUAUCGCACGACUUGGGUGCCCCUUGCUGCCGUCGCAGAGACGCGGAACGCGCUGCAACUCCCUGCCAACCGGAAGCAUGCCGACGGCAGCGACUUCCCCACGCUUCCCAUCAUCCGCGACCCGCUCGCCGCGACUACGUCCGGGUCCGAGGUCGUCGUGGGCGAUUCGUUCGACAUCGCGCUGCACCUGCAGAACACAUAUCUCUCUAAUAAUCCCCCCUCCUCUUCCUCCAAUGACCCCUCCUCCGCCGCCGCUGGACAGCAGCAGCAGCAGCAGGGUCAGCUUUUCCCGGCCGACGGGAGCGGGACGGUAGCGCUUCACCGCGCGUUCAACGCGUUCGUCGACCAGAUCUUCAGCCAGUACGGCGCCCCGCUCGCCGGCUUCUACAUGCCGCUCGAUCCGCGGACGGCCGAGUCCGACAAGGCGGCCUUUGUCCGGCGGAUUCCGGGGGUGACAAGAUGGGAAGAUCUAGAGAUCCCCAAGGGCUCCGAGGUGAGGAGCAAGAUGCUGGCCGAGUUCGAGAGCGCUUUGGACACCAAGCUCGGGCCCUGCUUUCCGUCUCCUGCCCCCGCCGACGGAGCUAAGGGAGGACCGCAGGGGACUGGUCCUUUCAUGGACGGACGCCAGCUCCCCAUCUACGCCGACUUCAUCGUCGGCGGCUGGCUGCAGUUUAUGCGGGGAUGCCUGCCCGAGUGGGAGGAUAUGCGCAACAAGUGGUCCGGCGGCAAGUGGGGAAGGCUGCUUGAUGCGUUGGAACCGUGGGCGGACGUCGAUGGGCGCGAGGGCGUCGUUCCGGCGAGGCGAUGAUUGCGGCUGAUGUCGGCCGCUGGGAAUCAACGCCUGGAUGGGAGACUGUUCGAAUUCAAUUCAAUUGAUUUCGUAAACAAGGAAAGAAAGAAGACGAUGAGAUAGAAAUAGAACAAUAUUGAAAGAAAACCGACAAGGAAGAAAAUAACAACACGGUCAUGUCUCGC